CCAAGAUGGCGUCCUUCACGCGGCUUCAAACUUUUUCGCGAUUUCGUCAACUUUUUACCCUACGUGGAAGCCGUCAAAUACAUGUACCAUGGAGGAGAGAAUUCUCAAGUGUUGUUUCUUCGACUUCUUUUUAUAAUAAUACCAGGUCACAAGAUAUAAAUAAAAGAAAGUUAUUUGAUAAGCAACAUUGUCAAUCAGUUCACAUCAGAACAUUAACUGAUGAGCCUGAUAAAACAAUCGAGAACUCAAGUGAGGAAAACUCUUACGAGGCAUCAGACAUGGCCCAUGUUAUUACAAAUACCGAACAAGUAACAGGAGAAUCAAAGAAACAUGAAUUUCAAGCAGAAACCAAACAACUUUUAGACAUUGUGGCCAAGUCACUUUACUCUGAGAAAGAGGUUUUUAUUCGAGAAGUUAUUUCCAACUCAUCCGACGCAUUAGAAAAACUACGACACCACUUCAUCACAGGAAAAGAUGUCGUAGACUUGGACUUAAAUUUGGAAAUUAAAUUAGAGACCAGCGAAGAGGCUGGGACAUUUACGAUACAAGAUAAUGGUGUCGGCAUGACUGAAGAGGAGCUCUUACAAAAUCUAGGGAUUAUUGCAAAGUCAGGCUCCAAGGCCUUCCUGGAGCAGCUCAAGCAUGAUUCUGUGUCAGCGCAAGACAAUAUUAUUGGUCAAUUUGGUGUUGGGUUUUAUUCAACGUUCAUGGUCGCAGAUAAAGUAGAUGUCUAUACUAAAUCUUAUCAGCCCAACAGCCAGGGAUACUUCUGGACAUCAGAUGGCUCAGGGACAUAUGAGUAUGCCGAAGCAGAGGGAGUCUCCAGAGGAACAAAACUCAUCAUCCACUUGAAGGAGGAUUCUAAAAGAUAUGCCUUGAAAACUGCUGUAGAAGAAAUUGUUCGAAAGUACAGCAACUUUGUUGGUUUUCCGAUAUACCUAAAUGGUGUGUGUAUCAACACGAUACAGCCUCUCUGGACUUUAGAACCAAAAGACAUAAGCAGUGAACAACAUGAGGAGUUCUUMCAGUUUCUUGGUGGCACAUACGACAAACCCCGAUACUACUUACAUUACAAGACAGACGCACCCCUAAAUAUUCGUAGUAUAUUCUACAUUCCCGAGACUCUACCUCAGAUAUUGUCCAUGCAGCAGAGUGAUUCUGGCAUAUCCCUUUACAGCAGAAGAGUACUUAUACAAGGCAAAGCAGAAAAGGUGUUACCUCGCUGGUUGAGGUUUGUUCGAGGUGUUGUUGACAGUGAAGACAUCCCAUUGAAUUUGAGUCGGGAGCUACUGCAAGACAGUGCUCUCAUCAGAAAGCUUAGCGACGUCCUCUCGGCAAGGAUAGUCAAGUUCCUCCAAGAACAAGCCAGAAAGGACAGAGUCAAGUACGAAAAGUUCUUUAAGGAUUGCUCGGUGUAUAUCCGAGAGGGUGUGGUCACCACAGAGAAUCAGGACCAGAAGGAAGAGAUAUCUAAGCUGUUGUUAUUUGAAUCAUCAAGUGAAAAACCUGGGGCAUUGACUAAUUUACCAGCUUAUGUACAAAGAAUGAAACCCACACAAAGAAAGAUCUAUUAUCUAUGUGCACCAAGUCGAGAAUUAGCGGAAACGUCACCAUAUUAUGAAAGUUUAAAAGAAAAUGAUGUUGAGGUAUUGUUUACGUAUAAUGAUCAAGAUGAUGUGGUGCUGCACUAUCUGAAGAAGUAUGAAGGCAAGGAAAUCAUAUCAGCAGAAAACUACUUGUCUGAAGCCUCAGAUGACAAACAAGCCAGUGAACCAGAUGUUAAAGAUGUUAAUCCCAAAGAGGAUUCGCUGCCUGACAAAGAAAGCAAGGAGCUUGCUGACUGGAUGAACGUCGUACUAGGAAAUCACAAAGUUGUCGGUGUUAAGGUUUCUAAUCGACUGAGGAACACCAGUCAUCCUGCCAUGAUAACAGUACCUGACAUGGUGGCAGCCAAACACUGGCUUAAACUAAUCAAGAGUGAAAACCACAGUAAAGACAUCGGAGAUGCCAAGUUUCAGAUCAUUCAACCUAYGUUGGAGAUAAACCCAAAACAUGAAUUAAUCAAAAAGCUUGAGAAAGCAAGAGAAAGCAAUACUCAACUAGCUACUCUCAUCACCAACCAGAUUUAUGAUAAUGCACUCAUUACAGCAGGACUGAUAGAGGACCCGAGACCAAUGGUUGCACGUCUGACUACCUUGCUUAGCAAAGCCCUUGAUCAUAAUUGAAGAUCUAUUAGCUUCAAGCAGUCAGCUCAAUUUGCAACCAAGCUGUAGGUAAAAAUAGAUUUAAUGAAAAUUGUACCCUACAGGCUGUCUGGAGUGUGAUGGUUAACAAAAUGGGAACRGAAAUGAAUGAAUGCAUGAUGAUAAAUCCAAAAGCUGAAUAAAAUAAUGCAUUGUUCAGAGCAACAAAACACAACUUCUUUUCUGCACAGAACCUUCUCAUUAGUGAUUAAGGUUUUUCAUUGUGAUGUCACUAUCAAAGAAAAUAUUUUUUC